AUGACAACUGGAAACCAACAGCAAAACAAAAUUAAAAUUUGCAAUUUUCUUCUCCAAUGUCCAUCCACUGUUUUGAGUCUUCCUGCAGUGCGACUAUGCAAGUCGUGCCGUGUCCAUUACGCUCUACUCGACAACAACCGUGAAUUUUCCUUGGUAAGAGACUGCUGCUUUGCCUUCGACUUUCUUUGGUCUACCGUUUCCGUCUACACGGUAGCAUUUUCUUCUAGCAUGCAGCUUUCUUCCUCCCUUUUUAUUGUGAACAUAUGUUACGUCCAGAGUCUCAAUUUGGCAUAUAACAGCUUCAACUCCACUAUUCCUUCCACGUUUGAUGAGCUUGCCAAUUUGAGUUACCUAAAUUUGUCAAAUGCUGGCUUCAAAGGUCAAAUACCUGUGGCGAUUUCACGAAUGACAAGGUUGGUUGCUCUUGAUUUAUCUACUCUAAACUUCCCUGGAGACGUUCAAUUGAAGCUUGAAAACCCAAAUCUACGAAUGCUUGUUCAAAAUCUGAGUAAGCUAGAAGAACUUCACCUUGAUGGCGUGAACAUAUCAGCGCAGGGAAAAGAGUGGUGCCAGGCCAUAUCUGCUUCAUUAAGUAAAUUGCAAGUGUUGAGCAUGUCCAACUCUUUUCUUUCUGGACCAAUUGAAUCUCACCUUCAAAACUUGAAGAAUCUCUCAGUUAUGCAUUUGGAAAAGAACAAUUUGUCUGCCACAGUACCAACAUUCCUUGCUAAACUUUCAAAUUUGACUUCCUUGCGGCUCAGAUCGUGCGGCUUGCAUGGACUAUUUCCAAAAGAGAUACUCCAGGUAAGAACGCUACAGUCUCUUGAAAUAUCUGGAAAUGAAAAACUUCAGGGUUCGUUGCCAGAAUUCCCUCACAAUGGUUCUCUUCGGAUCCUAGUGCUUAGCAAAACAAAGUUUUCUGGACCAUUACCACAGUCCAUAGGCAACCUUGUGAACUUGACAAUAUUAGACCUUUUCUACUGCAAUUUCAGUGGAGAGAUUCUGAAUUCAAUCGGAAAUCUCCAACAGCUUGUUUUUUUGGACUUGUCAUUCAAUAACUUCACUGGUCGAAUUCCACCAUUUGAUAUGUCCAAAAAUCUUGCCUAUAUAGACCUUUCUCAUAAUAAGCUGACUGGUGAGAUCCAAUCAUCUGAUUGGGAAGGCCUUCAAAAUCUUACUUCUAUUGAUUUAAGUCAUAAUUCACUUUAUGGGGAUAUUCCCUCCUUCCUUUUGGCACUCCCGUUACUGAAGAAGGUUAAGCUUUCCAACAAUCAAUUUGACGGUAAAUUUCUUGAUGUUCCAAAUGCACCACAAUCUUUAUUGGAUACUCUUGAUCUCAGUAGCAACAAACUGCAAGGGCCUAUACCCAAGUCUGUUUUUGAUCUCAGCAGACUAAACAUCCUUUUACUUUCUUCCAACAAGUUCAAUGGCACUAUACAGCUAGGAGACAUUCAGAAGCUUGUCAACCUCACAAGUCUUGACCUUUCACAUAACAAGCUAUCUGUCGAUGCAACUGGCAGCGAUUCUACCUUUUCAUCCUUCCCCAAAUUUAGUAGACUAGAACUGGCUUCUUGCAGACUGAAAGUGUUUCCUGAUUUAAAGAACCAAUCAAGACUAACCUAUCUGGAUCUUUCAGACAACCAAAUUUCAGGUGAAGUACCAAAUUGGAUUUGGAAUGUUGCCGAUGGCUUUCUCCAGCAUCUGAACCUUUCAUUUAAUCGGCUUGUGGGUCUGCAAAAACCUUAUCAAAUGCCUCUUCUCAAUGUCCUUGACCUGCAUUCUAACAAUCUCAGUGGUAAUAUCCCAACUCUGCCUACAUCUGCAAGCUAUCUGGAUUAUUCAAGAAAUAAUUUUACUUCUACUUUACCACCUAACAUUGGUAGCAACCUGUCAUACACUAUUUUCUUUUCUCUCUCAAGCAAUGGCCUUACAGGUUUCAUUCCUGAUUCAAUAUGUGAUGCUGUUUACCUGCAAGUUCUUGACUUGUCCAACAACAAUCUGAGUGGUAGAAUACCAAAUUGUUUAAUUGCAAGGGAAGUAUCUCUAGGGGUACUGAAUCUUGGGGGCAACAGUCUCGAUGGCAAUAUUCCUGAUGCAUUUCCAAGUCAUUGUUCCAUACAAACACUAAAUGUCAAUAGCAAUGAGCUUCAAGGGAAGAUUCCAAGAUCCCUCGUUAGGUGUAAAGAGCUGGAGGUGUUAGACCUUGGUAACAAUCAUAUCAAUGAUUCCUACCCUUGCCGUUUGAAGAACAUAUCCAGUUUGCGGGUUCUGGUUUUGAGAUCAAAUGAAUUUCAUGGGGAAAUUGGUUGUCCAGUAAAUACGGGCACCGGGUCAAAGCUUCAAAUUAUCGACAUUGCUCGCAAUAGUUUUAAUGGAAGACUACCAGAGAAAUUGUUAACAACAUGGGAGGCAAUGAUGGUUGAUGAAGAUGAAGCCCAAUUAAAUGUUAAACGCCUUCAAUUUGAGUUUCUACAAGGGAGUGGAUUGUAUUAUCUGGACGGUGUAACAGUUACCAUUAAAGGUCUAACGGUCGAUCUGGUAAAGAUCCUAACUCUUUUCACCUCCAUUGACUUUUCAUGCAACAAAUUUGAAGGGCCAAUACCAGAUGUGAUCGGAGAAUUCAAAGCCCUCUAUUUUCUCAACUUGUCACAAAAUGCUCUCACAGGGGCAAUCCCUCCAUCUCUAGGAAAGUUGCAUCAGCUGGAAUCCUUGGACCUCUCAAGCAACCACCUAAUUGGUCAGAUUCCUCUGCAGCUAGCAAACUUAAAUUUCCUAUCAUUCCUCAAUGUCUCGAACAAUAAGUUGGUGGGAGGAAUCCCAACCGGUACUCAGCUUCAGUCGUUUCCAAAUGCUUCGUUUGAAAAGAAUGCGGGAUUAUGUGGACCUCCUUUAGAAGUUCAAUGUCAAUCCCCAGCAGCUAUUGAAGAUAGCCCUUCAAAUUCUUGGACUGGGAGCCAUAUCGACUGGAAUUUUAUAAGUAUUGAAACAGGGUUUUUCUUUGGUUUAGGCAUUGUCAUUGCACCGCUUAUCUUUUGGAAGAGAUGGAGGAUAUGGUAUUAUAAGCACAUUGACCGUGCUCUUUUCAGGCUUCUCCCUCGACUGGUUCUCAAAAACAAAAAUCAUGGAAGGAGAGCUCACCGGAGUCAGAGGAGGAGGCUCUAGCAAUAAUGGAAAGGUAAAGGGAAUCAGUGAGAAGAUUUUAGCUAGUUCCUUUGUUGUAUUUUCCUGCUUUUGGUUUUUGUAUCAACCGUAAGGGGAAAUGAAAUAGUAUUUGUCUAUACUUGGAAAUUUUGCAUUACUAAGUAACUGGUAUUACUUUUCCCAAA